AUGCGAGUCGACGCUCUUGCUGCUUUUGCGGUCUCCCUCUGUGUCGCUGUUCCGGCCGGUGCGAUCAACAUCAUUUCAUCCAACGAUGAUGGUUGGGCCGAGGUCAAUAUUCGAGCUUUAUUCGAUACCCUUACAGACGGUGGCCAUUCGGUGGUUGUAGCUGCCCCAGCAGAAAAUGAGAGCGGGACUGGCUCUUCCCAAAAGACGCCGACCGUGCUGACCGAGGCGUGUGAAUUCAAUAGCUGCCCCUCUGGUAGCCCGGCUAUAGGAUAUAAUGCUUCACAGCCUCGUCUGAAUUAUGUCAACUCGUACCCGGCAACGGCGAUGAAGUACGGCAUCAACUCGAUCGGCCCGAAGUUUUUCGAUGGCUCCCCGGAUCUUGCGGUCACUGGUCCUAAUGUUGGCAAUAAUAUUGGAUUGGAAGUUUUGCUGUCCGGUACUGUAGGAGCAGCGACAUAUGCCGCUCAUAAUGCGGGAAUUCCGGCUAUUGCGUUUUCUGGUGCCACUGGAUCCCAAACUGCAUGGAAUGCUUCAGCGACAUUCCCGCACUAUAGCCAAGUCUAUGCAGACCUAUCACUGAACUUGACCAAUCACCUAGUGGCAUCCGGCACCCCGUACCUACCAGAUGAUGUUUGGAUUAAUGUGAAUUUCCCAUCGGUGUCUUCAGAGUGCAAUGCAACGCAAGACUUUUCGUUCGUGCUGUCUCGAAUCCAUAUCGCUCUCCCUUUGAUAACCCCUGAUGAUGUCACUACUUGUGGUAGUUCUCGUCUUCCAAGCGAACUCGAGAUAGCUCUGGAAUCAGGAUGCUAUGCAAGCGUGUCGGUUGGGAUGGCUGGCACGAAAGGGGAUGCCAAUGCUACUAUCCAGGGGGUCGUUUUGGAGAAGCUCAGUGAUUUACUUACAUGCCUACCAUGA